AUGGAGUUGACUUUAACCGAACAAGAUGCGGCUCAUUGGGUUUACAGAGGUGAAGGUGCUGCUAAUAUUGUUGUCUCAUACACUGGUUCCUCUCCUUCUUAUAUUGGGAAAGUGAUGCGCAUUCGCAAGUCUCCAAGGAAGGCAUCAACGUUGCCGGGAUUGAGGAAUACCAUAGCUCUGUCUCCACAUGAACGCCUCAUCUGGAAAGAAGUACACGAACUUAUUUCCUCUUCAGAUAAGGAAAUUGCUGGCCAACUAUAUAUCGAUCAUGUCAUGAAGCCUUUGCUUGGAUCCAAAUAUGUUGAUGCUGGGACUCACAUUCUGGUGACCAAGAAAUUCCUAGAGACUGUUGAGAAGAAUAUUGAUAGUCAGCGUCCUGCUUGGCGAAUUGAUGUUUCCCAGGUGGAUAAGCAAUGUGAUUUUGCUCUUCUCAUGUCAGAUCAUUCGAUCUUCCCUCAGGGUAGUCAAGGAUCUAGCUGCAGUAUAUCAGUUGAAAUAAAGCCUAAAUGCGGAUUUCUUCCACUUUCAACAUUCAUAUAUGAAGGAACUGCUAUCAAAAAGAAGAUAACUCGAUUCGAAAUGCAUCAAGCUCUGAAAUUGCAACGUGGAGAGAUUUCACAGCGGAGUGUGUACAACCCACUUGAUUUGUUCUCAGAAUCAAAGGAAAGAGUUCAUAAAGCUAUCAAAAAUCUCUUUACUACCCCUCAAAACAAUUUCCACGUAUUUUUGAACGGUUCUCUCAUACUCGGAGGACUAGGAGGUAGUGCUGAAAGUACAGAUGCAUGUAUGGCUAAGGUACUUGAAGAUGAACUUCACUCGUUUAUUCAAGCUGGCAAUGGAAAAUGUACAGAGAACUUAUUUACUCUUGUUACUGAAGCUGUGCAAAAAUCAGGAGUCUUUGAUCAGCUCCUGGAGGUUCAGAAGCUUGGUCGUUUUGACAUAGAAGGAGCUAUCCAUGAAUAUUAUAACAUUACUUUUCAACAGUGCAAGGUGUGUAAAGAAUUGAGUAAAGAACAGGCAAAAAAAAUAUUCCUCUUUGCAUUCUGCGUCAUUGGACGAAAGCUUGAGAAUCGUAAAGGACUACCUGAUAGCAGCUACUGCAAAAGACUGCAGUUUGAUGGUAUGUUUUAG